AUGGAGUCGGCAGAAGAACACUUUCUUUCUUUAAAAGUAAUGAGGCUAACUAGACCUACCUUAGCUAGUCCUUUUCCUAUAACUUGUGAUAGCAAAGAUCUACCAGGAAACUUAUUAAAUAACGCUCUACAACAAGAUCCUACAGCUGUGGAAGGAACAGAAACACUAUGUAUUGGACAAUUUUUAUUAUUACCACAAACGCCUGUAAAUAUUUAUCUAGGAGAGACAUUUUCCAGCUACAUUUGUGUUUAUAGUGAAACUAAGGAGAUCGUUAACAAUGUUUCAGUUAAAGUUGAUUUACAGACAAGCUCCCAAAGGUUAUCACUCUCAUCUAACCCCCCUACUCUUCAGCUAUAUCCUGAAAAAACAGUUGAUGUUGUCAUACACCAUGAAGUAAAAGAAAUUGGUACACACAUAUUAAUCUGUGAGGUUACAUAUCAGUCUUUAAUUGGAACUCCAAUGUCAUUUAGAAAAUUCUUUAAAAUUAUGGUAAUGAAACCAUUAGAUGUCAAAACAAAAUUCUAUAAUGCAGAAAAUGAUGAUGUGUACUUAGAAGCACAAGUUCAAAAUAUAACUGCUGGCCCCAUUUGUUUAGAGAAAGUUGCUCUUGAUGCAUCUCAUCUUUUUAAUGUUAUUUCUCUGAAUUCAAAUAAAAAAGGAAACAGUAUAUUUGGGAAAUUAACUAUUCUCCAACCUCAAGCUAUUUGUCAGUUUUUGUAUUGUUUAAUACCAAAUGAGAAACUAGCCUCGGACUUAAAGUCGCUUAGUGGAGCUACCAAUAUAGGCAAAUUAGAUAUUGUCUGGAGGUCUAAUUUAGGAGAACGUGGAAGACUUCAAACCAGUCAAUUACAAAGAAUGAGUCCUGAAUAUGGAGAUAUCAGAAUGACAAUAGUUGAAUUACCAAAUUUUGUUGUUUUGGAAGAAUUAUUUACUUUUAAGUGUAAAUUGAUUAAUAAUUGUGAAAGAACAGUGGAGUUGAUGAUUUAUUUAGAAAAUGUAGAAGGUAUAGCUUGGUGUGACAUAUCAGGAAGAAAAUUGGAACCACUUCUACCUAUGUCACAUACAAUAUUAGAAUUCCGGUGCAUUCCUUUAUUACCAGGUUUAAGAACUAUUUCUGGAAUAAAAUUAUUAGACACAUUCCUAAAAAGAACCUAUACUUAUGACGAAUUAGGGCAAAUAUUUGUGAUUGUAGAAAAUACAGAAAAAGUUAAAAACAUUUAA